AUGCGGGAAACUCGACUGCAUAAUUUGUGGCAGUGGGGGACUGCGUUCGCGCUCUCCCCUGCUUUUAUGGUGCAAAAGCAGAACCCAGCGGAGCUGUCGCCGCCGGCAGACCCGGGCGCUCCGGCCCCUUCCGAAGAGGGAGCAGCAGCCGCGGCGGCCCCGGCCCCCCCCGCCGCGCGGAAGCCGCAGUCGCGCAGGAGCCGUCGCGCCGCCGGCAGCCCGGGCCCCGCGGAGCCGGCGGGUCGCGGGGAGCCCUCGGGGGUCGCGGACAACGGGCCCGCGCCGCUCCCGAAGGGCCCCGGGAAGCGCGGGCGGAAGCCCAAGGCGGAGAUGCUGCUGCUGAAGCUGUCCCAGGGCCUGGAGGUCCCCGCGCCGGAGCCCGUCUGCGUGCAGAAGAAGCUGGGGAGCAGCGAGGCCCCGGAGGACCCGGACCCCGCCCCGGGCGGGCGCCCCAAACGACGGGCAGCCAGAGUGGCUUUGCUGUACCUGCAGGAGCUGGCAGAGGAGCUGACAUCUGUGUGCCAGCUCCCAGCGUCCACAGAGGACACCCAGGAGCCAGAGCUCGAGCAUGCCCAGAAGAAGCGUCGUAGCCAGAGGAAAAAGGAGGAGGAAACAGAUGGUGAUGACCCUGUGCGAGAUGCUGACUUUGUGCCCUCAGAGGAGGUGUUGCUGCAGGCAGAGGAGGAGGAGGGGAGCGACGCGCCGCUCAGCGAGGUCUCGGAGUCAGAGCCAGAGGCUGUCCGAGGGCACGGUGCAAAGACGUCAUCUGCAGGGAGAUCCAAGCCUCAGUGCCGAGGCCUCGCUCCCAACGGCUUCCACAACUCCAUCAUGGCCCCAGUGGAGAAGUGCUCCAGCCUCACCUGCAGCGUGCGGGAUCGGAAUUACUCACAGUGGGAGUUUCCUGACUGGAUCCCUUUGGUGCACAAGUGGACAUGUCUCUCUGAAAGUGAAGCUGCCCCAUACCUGCCAGCGGAGGAGAGAUCUCCCCUUUUCUUAAUUCAGCGGGAAGGCAUUGAAGAAGAUGGUGCCUUGCAGAGAAUAAACAGGUUUAACUCCCUGCAGCCCCAUGAGGAGCGCCUGGACGUGUCCUUCUUCGUGGGCGGCCCUGUGUGGGCGAUGGAGUGGUGCCCGUCCCCGGAGGGCUCGGCGGCCUCUCAGUACGUGGCUCUCUACUCCCACAAGAGCAUGGACGAGACGCACAGCGUGGCUGGGCUGCACGGCGGCCCCGCGCUUCUGCAGCUCUGGAGCCUGGGCACGCUGCAGCAGGAGGAGGGCUCCGCCAACAAAGUUGGGCUGGCCUAUGGUGUCGCUGCUGACCAUGGCUGCGUCUGGGAUAUGAAGUUCUGCCCGAGUGGUGCCUGGGAGCCGCCCACCACCUCCAGGAAGCAUCCUCAGAUGAGCCGUCUGGGCCUCUUGGCCGUGGCCUUCUCGGACGGCAAGGUGGUGCUGUACUCCCUCCCGCACCCCGAGGCCCUGCAGACCUGUAAGAGAACCCAGGUAAAAGAUGGGUUCCUCCACAAGCACCUUAUCUGCAAGGUACAGUGUAUUGCCACCCUCCGGGUGGGCUCUAUCCAGGCAGGGAAUGCGUCUGAGUGUGGGCAGUGCUUCAGCCUCUCCUGGAUGCCAUCCAAGCCCCAUCAUCACCUCGCAGCUGGUUUCUAUGAUGGCACUGUGGCCAUCUGGAACCUGCCCACCAAGUCCCUGCUGCAGCGAGUGUGCCAGCCUGAUGGCUCCCUCAAGCUCUACCCCUUCCGGUGCUUCCUGGCCCACGACCACGCUGUCCGGAGCAUCGAGUGGUGCAAGGCCAACAGCAACUUCCUGGUCACAGCGGGGAACGAUCGGAAGAUUAAGUUCUGGGACCUGCGUCGGCUCUACGAGCCCAUCAACAGCAUUAAGCGGUUCCUCAGCACCGAGGUGGCCUGGCUGCUGCCUCACAACGGGGUCACGGUGGCUCAGGACAACUGCUAUGCCUCUUAUGGUCUCUGUGGGAUCCACUAUAUUGAUGCUGGGUACCUAGGCUUCAAGGCUUAUUUUGUGGCCCCUCGCAAGGGGACUGUGUGGAGCAUCUCUGGCUCAGAUUGGCUGAACACGGUGGCUGCUGGAGACAUCACCGGGGAGCUGGUGGCUGCGGUGCUGCCUGACCUGGCUGUCAACCCGCUCAACAUCAAGCGUCCCUCAGAGCGCAGAUUCCCAGUCUACAAAGCUGAUCUGCUGCCCUGCGGCCCUGCGGGACCUGAGGGCGGCGAGCAAGCCCUGCCAAAGACCAGGCUCUACAGCGAGAUGGUGACUAAGACCUACAUCCGCUUCCGGGACACGGACCUGCGCAGCUUCAAGAACUUCCCAAGCCGGGAGCCCAUGCGCAGGAUGCACACACAGGAGGUGAAGGCAGAGCUGAGUCUCGACCGCCUGCAGCUGGAGUCCUUGCACAAGGUGCGCUUCAGCCCCAACCUGGACUCGCAUGGCUGGCUCGUGUCGGGAGGGCAGGCUGGCAUCGUGCGGGCACACUGCCUGGCGGGGCUGGCAUCUGGCGUGGGCCACCAGCUGCUCCUGGAGAGCCGUGCCCGCUUCAGCUCCCUGUACAGGGACCCACCGGUCAGCCCCAGCCCCACGGAGCACUCCUCGCUGCCAGACGAGUAGCACAGCGUGAUCCCUCGUGCUGCCUGCGGUGCGCGCUCACCCCGCGUGGGAGCCCAGGCCAGGCGGGCAGCCUGCGCUGGCAGGGCCCCAGG